AUUUUCAGGCUUUCAGGCGUUAGUACCAAGUCUGCAAUAUCAUGCGACAUUCGCCCGCUGCAGAAGGACAGGGUUCCCGCUUCGCUACAGCUUUUGAGUCCUUUCCGGGUCCCAUUCGAAAUCCCCACAGUGCGCACAACCACAGUCCGAGUGGAGGCAUCAUGCGCAGUGGACAUUCGAAACCUGCAUCUCACAGCCGAUCGGUCGAACCGCACCCGGUCCAGCGAAGACAGUGCAAUAGGGCGUGAGAAUUCGUGGUCCGCCCCACAACAUACUUAUACCUCACCCAGCUCGCCCAGAUAUCUCUCCCUACUCCAUCUCCCUCCCCAGCCAUCGCAAAUACUAUAUCCAUCCCCUCCGACCCUUUCACCCAUCAUGUCCACCAAAAACCCUCCCCGCCCCUUCACCAUCCAAACCCCCACCCCACCCCUCAUCCCCUCCAUGACAACAAUCGUCGCCCGCGCCUUCCACCCCGUCAACGCCUUCCACCGCCGCGCCUUCCCCCUCACCCCAGGAGUCCUCGCCUGGUUCCACCGAGCCUUCACCGACGAAAUUCAAAACCCUCGCUGCCACCCCCUCGUAGCCAUCGACCCAUCCGUCUCCACCUCCUCCUCCCUCCACGUCAUCGGCCUUCUCCUCCUCCGCCGCAUGUCCCCCACCGAACCGGGAGCAGGAAUGUGGUCUCUCUAUCCCUACACGGCGGACCACGACGAGUCCCUCUUCGGGCCGGCGAAUGAAGCGCAGAGUCGAUGGCGGAGGAAGCUGUUCGACACGCCCGGCGAACCGCACUACGGCAAAGAACACCUGCUCGUGGAACUCUUCGGCGCGGAUCACGGGUGGAAGGGAACCGGGGUGGGCAAGGCGUUGUUGGGGGAAGCGUGUGGAGUGGCGGAUCGAGAGGGGUGGGUGAUGUUAGUGGAAGCGAAUGGCAGUGCGAGGGGGUUUUAUGAGAAGUUCGGGUUUGAGGAGGUUGCGAGGGAGAAGAUGCCGAGUGGGGAGAUGGAGUAUUGGGAGUUUCUGUUGGUGAGGGAGGUGGGUGGCGGUGGUGGUGGGGGGGUGUAG